GACCCAACUGUGAUGUGAUCUAACGAUGUAAAGGGAAGAGGAGAAUGCAAUGAAGGUAAAUUCCAGCAACAACAGAUAAAGACACUUGUAGAUAAAGAAACGUCAGCUGAGCUCCCAAGGUUUUCGGACAUAUUCACAAUGACAAGACGCUAAACCAGCUCCUUGAGAAGUUACUCAACGUGCAGCAUUUUGGACUGAUUCCAGCAGGUGCUAGUGGCUGAAGACUUGGAUGAAGAGGUAUCAUCAACCCAGUUGACUACGGAUGAUUUAACUGCGAGCUGCUCAGAGUUAGAAGCAAAGAGUUCUUUUGGGCAGAGAAACAGGCACCAUGUCAACCCAGGAAUUCAAUCUGGUCCAUCGUGUUCAAGUGGGCAGCCGCAGAACUAUGUUGACCCUCGACACAGUGAAAAGCCUAAAGAGAAACCCUAGUUUUAGGAGCAGGCUCCUCAAUUCAACCAACCUGAUUCUCUCACAGCAGGAUGGCUUCAAGAAAUGGAUUUAUGAAAACCUGAUGAAGAUGGAAUGUGUGUGUUAUGUGGAGAACCCUGAGGCAUCAGUUGCUGGAAAGCUGGUGUGUAGCUGUGGUUAUCUCAAAGACCAUCACAGCGGGGAAGCAAUUAGUCAUGGCUACAGACAGGAGGGGAACAAGUGGAUUUACGAAAGGCAUGUCAGGCAAGUUCCAACUGAUGCAUUUGGUGACAUUGUGUUUGAAGGACAGAGGAAUGGGAAGUAUGUGCGAGUGUCAUCAGGCACUGCUCCAGCCACGUUGUAUGAACUUAUGACCAAACAAUGGGGACUGAAUCCUCCACACCUCCUGAUCUCUGUCACGGGAGGAGCAAAGAACUUUUACUUGAAACCAAGCCUCCGCAACCUGUUCUGUAGAGGUCUGAUCAAGGUUGCUAAAUCGACAGGGGCAUGGAUUAUCACAGGUGGUUCCCACGCUGGAGUGAUGAAACAUGUUGGAGAGGCUGUUCGACGUUACACAAUGACCAGCAGUUCCAAGGAAGGGGAGGUUGUUGCAAUUGGUGUAGCAACCUGGGGUAUAGUACACAAUCGAGAGUGUCUGAUUAACAAGGAGGGAAUGUUCCCUGUGGAAUACACCUUGGAUGAAGAAAACCAGGGGAGGUUAUCCUGCCUGGAUCAUAACCAUUCACACUUCAUCCUGGUGGACGAUGGGACGCACGGGAAGUACGGUGUGGAGAUACUGCUGCGAUCCAACCUAGAGAAGUACAUAUCAAAGCAGAGGAUGGGCACUGAAGAUGUUGGAAUCGAGACUCCCAUCAUAUGUGUUGUGCUCGAAGGAGGUGAAGGGACUUUAAAUACUAUACACAGUGCAAUGAUGAAUGGCAUGCCGUGUGUCAUAGUGGAGGGAUCAGGCCGAGCUGCUGACGUCCUUGCUAGCGUGGCCAAUCUGCCCGUGUCCCAGAUUACCAUCUCUCUCAUGCAGAAACAGCUCCGCACCUUCUUUUCCGAAACCUUCAACACUUUCUCUGAUAGGAGGAUAAUAUCGUGGACCAAAAAGGUUCAAGACAUAGUCAGGAUGCAUCAGCUGUUGACUGUUUUCAAAGCAGAGAAGGCAAGGAACCAGGAGCUGGAUGUGGCUAUUCUCCAGGCUUUGUUGAAAGCCUCGAGCAAUGCUAGCCACCUGGGAAAGGAGAACUUGGAGCACCAGCUGAAGCUGGCUGUGGCGUGGGAUAGGGUGGACAUUGCCAAGAGCGAGAUCUUCACUGAUAAGAAGCGCUGGAAAUCCUCCAAUCUCCACCAGGCAAUGUUCGCAGCCCUGGUUGGCAAUAAACCUGGCUUUGUUGAGCUUUUCCUCGAGAAUGGUGUCAAUCUGGGAGAAUUUGUCACACCAGAAAUACUUGAGCGGCUCUACAACAAUGUCCCUCAAUCCACCCUCCUUUACAAGAAGCUGCGUAAGGCAGUGGAGGGUGAGAGGAGGCGAGACGCCAGCGAUAACGUGGAUGCUAAACAGAGGAUACUUCUCCAUCACGUCUCGGGCAUCCUCAGAGAAUUGCUUGGGGACUUCACUGAGCCAUUCUACGAAAAGCCAAAAGAUCAUCAGUGUAAAAAACACCUCAGCAUCACGCAGCUAACACAACACAUUCUGCCAAUAUCUCAUCCAGAGCUGAAGCACAGUGACUCACAAGAGUCCGAAAUAUGUGAUGAUGUUGAGCAGGAAUUUGAAGAACCCGCACGUGAUCUCUUUCUCUGGGCAAUACUACAGAAGAGGAAAAUGCUGGCGAAUAUCCUAUGGGUGCAGAGCUCAGACAGCAUUGCUUCUGCGCUCGUUGCCACCAAGAUCCUGAAAAAACUGUCCUCUGAAGCAAACGACACCGACCUCUCUGAGGCAAUGGAAGAGCUGGCUCAGGAAUACGAGGAUCGAGCCAUUGGCGUGUUCACAGAGUGCUACAGGAAGGACCCCAAGCGGGCACAGAAACUGCUGAUUCGAGUCUCCAAUGCCUGGGGAAACACCACCUGCUUGCGUCUGGCCAUUGAAGGGGACGACCAGAACUUCAUGGCACAAGGUGGCGUCCAGAGCUUCCUGACCAAAAUCUGGUGGGGUGAUAUUUCGGUGGACACCCAGACCUGGCAGGUAUUGCUCUGCAUGGUGCUGUGGCCAAUUAUCCACUCAAAUUUCAUCAGUUUCAGACAGGAUGAAGAAAUCAGAAUGAAAAAGGCUUCAAAGGUGGACAGCUCCUCAGAUAUCAGCCAGAGUCCGUCUCUCAGUGAGGAUCUGCAGUCAACAAAGCAAAAACCAAAAUCAAUUUCACGGACAAUACUGAUGCCAACUGUCAAGGAAGAGGACCUGAAGCCUUUAUCUUGUUGCGAGAGGCUGAGAGCCUUCUAUACUGCCCCAGUAGUCGUCUUUUAUUGGAACGUGCUGGCUUAUUUUGGUUUCCUUUGGCUUUUCUCAUAUGUUCUGCUGAUUGAUUUCCAAAGCCAACCUUCUGGGCGGGAAUAUUUUCUUUACUUGUGGCUUUUUACUCUGGUGUGUGAGGAAAUUCGGCAGCUAUUCUCUAACCCAGAUGAUUUGGGAUUUUGGAAAAAGGCCAUUCUGUACUUCAGUGACAUAUGGAAUAAACUGGAUGUUGCGGCCAUUCUGGUAUUUUUGGUUGGACUAGCUUGCAGGUGGAUUUCUGAAACUUUCUACUACGGCAGAAUAAUUCUGUGUCUGGACUUCAUCAUCUACUGCUUUCGAGUCAUGCACAUCUUUGCUGUGAACAAAACCCUUGGACCCAAAAUCAUUAUGGUGAAACGAAUGAUGAAGGACAUUUUCUUCUUUCUCUUCCUGCUGGCUUUGUCCAUCGUAGCAUUUGGUGUUGCGAAACAAGGCAUCCUCAUUCACAAUGAGGAUCGCCUGGACUGGAUAUUCCAGGGAGUUGUCUACCACCCGUACCGUAUGAUCUUUGGAGAGAUUCCCAUUGACGUUGGCUUUUCGGGCUUUGACCUGAAUCAGUGCACUUUGACCGGAAGUGACCCUUACAAGCCAAAGUGCCCCGAACAUGACAGUAACAAUAAUCCCAUCUUCCCUGAAUGGAUAACUGUGAUCCUCCUGUGUAUCUAUCUGCUUUUCACCAACAUUCUGCUGCUUAAUCUGCUGAUCGCAAUGUUUAACUACACCUUUCAACUGGUGCAGGAAAACACCGAUAAGAUCUGGAAGUUCCAGCGAUGCCACCUUAUUGAGGAGUACCACAGUCGGCCCUCGGCACCGCCCCCCUUCAUCAUUCUCAGCCACAUCAUCUUGUUUGUUCAAUGCAUCAUCAUAAGGAGGCCCCCGCAGAUUCGCAAGAAGCUCAAGAAAAGGCUGGAAGAAGAAGAGGACUUUGCGCUUUUGUUGUGGGAGGGCAUAAUGAAGGAGAAUUACCUGGCUAAGAGCAUCCACAAGAUGGGCCAGAGCACCGAGCAGCAGAUCAGGAGCACCGCCGACAAGAUAGAUACUGUGACUGAGAUUCUGGACAUGACCAAGGAAGGGAGCAAGGCCGGUCCAGUAGAUCAGCGGAUGUCUCACCUUGAAGAACAGAUGAUCCAGACAACAAGGGCCUUGAAUUGGAUCAUGAACGCUCUGAUCGAGAAGAAAUUUGGCUCCAAGGACAGUGCUCCUAUGCUCAAUAUUCCCGAAAGUAAGAGCAAAGAGCAGGAAGAUUCUGAUGAUGAAGAUAAAGACUCCAAGACUCUGCACCAUGUUGAUGCUCGAAGCUUCUUCUACCCCGACUCCAACAUUGAGCGCUUCCCUGUGCCAGAUGAGAAGGUCCCCUGGGAGGUUGAAUUUAGUGAGUACAACCCUCCUAAUUACACAUGUGAAAAUGUGGAUGGUGACCGCCCUAGUGGCUCCUCUGAGCCUAAGUCUGCUCCAAAUUACAACUCCAUGGACAAAGGGAUUGAUCGGAGUAGCUUCUGUGGGGAGUACGUGAUUGAAGGGGGAUUCCCACAGAAUCCGUUGGGAAGGACUGGGCUGAGAGGUCGGGGGAAGCUUCGCUUGUUUGGACCAAACCACAUGAUGGAUCCCAUAAUAACACGCUGGAAAAGAAGAUCGGAAGCAUCAGUCAAAGUGAAAGGCUCCAAAAAUCGUCUGGAAUUCCUCAUUGUUCAAUAUCCCUGUGAAGAGUGGGGCUUGCCUGGGGGGUUCCUGGAGCCUGGAGAGGCCACCCCAAAGAGGCUAAGACUCAUUUUAAGCCUCAAAAUGUUGGGGAAGAUUCAGACCCUAAUGAAGGAAAGCAUUGAGGUUAAAAGGGGAUAUGUGGAUGAUCCCAGUAACACUGACAAUGCCUGGAAAGAAAACCUGGCUGUUAACCUCCAUCUUUGCGGUGAUAAUGCUUCUUUCCUCAGUUAUCUCGCCAAAGAUAGAAUCUCCACGAGGAGUGAAUCUGGAGAGAGCUCGUCGAGGAUGCUUUCUUAUUUUGUGCAGGGUAAGGCUCAGCAUGUGUUGGUCAAGUGGCAAGUGGUAGACCGGAGUGUCCCGGUGUGUGUGGUGUACAAGGAGCUGCUGCAGAAAGUGGCUGAAAUUCAAGGAGCUCUUUUCUGACGCGGUGCUGGGCCAAGCAGGGGUUAAUGGCAGACGAGAUCAUCAUCGCAACGCAAGUGAAAUAUCCGCCCGCUUACAGCGUAAUACUGCACAGAGCUACACACAGCCAGUCGUGUCCAACACCCUCGAGAGCACACAAACAGCGGGACAAGAUCUGGGCAAUAGGCUGAUUUGGAUUGAGGAUGUGGACUUGUUUUGCUCUUGGAUGCAGCAAUUUAAGCCUUUAAUGCAGACGCACUAAAGAUUCUUCCCAGAGCGGGUGUGAAUAUCAUGCCCUCGUGCUCCUACAAUGCACAAUAUAUAUCUGUCAUGUAGUUCAAUGUUAAGAAUUUGCAAACCUGCUUAGAUUCAAAUGACUCCUUUUUUAAUAGACUUUUUAAAAAAAUUGCCCUUAUUUUAUUGAGAUAAAGGUAAUAUUGAGAUAAUAGUUGAUAUUGUGGGACUUCUACCUGAUGGUAAAGUGAAAAGGACAUCAGUCUUGUGACGUUAGUGCAUCUUGUUAAGUAAUCUAUGGAGCAGAAGAAGCCAAUGAACAACUGUGCAUGGACUAGCCUUGAGCUAUACUUACGUAAUAAAAGGGGACAUGCUUAGCAGUGUUACCUCACUCUGUUGUGCUUUCUCAAGA